AUGUUCCCCCUCCGUCCCUGCUGGUCCUGCUGCUUCUGCUGCUGUCUGUUCCUGUUUUUCUCCCUGCGAGUCCAAGGGAUCCCAAAGGAUCCCAAUGCUGCCCCGGAGCAAGUCCACCUGUCCUACCCAGGUGAGCCAGGCUCCAUGACUGUCACCUGGACCACGUGGGUCCCAACCCACUCCGAAGUGCAGUUCGGGAUGCAGCUAACUGGGCCCCUGCCCCUCCGGGCCCAGGGCACCGUCAGCCCCUUUGUGGAUGGGGGCCUUCUCCGGCGGAAGCUCUACAUGCACCGAGUCACGCUGCGGGGGCUGCUGCCGGGGGUCCAGUAUGUUUACCGCUGUGGCAGCUCUCGGGGCUGGAGCCGGCGGUUCCGCUUCAGGGCCCUGAAGAACGGGCCCCACUGGAGCCCCCGUCUGGCUGUGUUUGGGGACCUGGGGGCCGACAACCCAAAGGCCCUCCCCCGGCUGCGCAGGGACACCCAGCAGGGCAUGUACGAUGCUGUUCUCCAUGUGGGAGACUUUGCUUACAACAUGGAUCAGGACAAUGCUCGGGUCGGGGACGAGUUCAUGCGGCUCAUCGAACCUGUGGCCGCCAGCCUGCCGUACAUGACGUGCCCUGGGAACCACGAGGAGCGCUACAACUUCUCUAACUACAAGGCCCGCUUCAGCAUGCCAGGGAACAGCGAAGGCCUGUGGUACAGCUGGGAUCUGGGCCCUGCGCACAUCAUCUCCUUCUCCACUGAGGUCUAUUUCUACCUCCAUUAUGGCCGCCACAUGGUAGAGAGACAGUUUCACUGGCUGGAAAGAGACCUCCAGAAAGCCAAUAAGAACCGGGCAGCCCGGCCGUGGAUCAUCACCAUGGGUCACCGGCCCAUGUACUGUUCCAACGCUGAUCUGGAUGACUGUACCUGGCAUGAAAGCAAGGUUCGCAAAGGCCUCUUCGGCAAAUUAUUUGGAUUGGAGGAUCUUUUCUACAAAUACGGGGUCGACCUGCAAUUCUGGGCUCAUGAACACUCAUACGAGCGGCUGUGGCCAAUUUACAACUACCAGGUGUUUAACGGCAGCCGAGAGAUGCCCUAUACCAACCCUCGAGGCCCCGUCCACAUCAUCACCGGAUCUGCCGGCUGUGAGGAGCGGCUGACCCGCUUCACUCUCUUUCCCCGGCCCUGGAGCGCUGUGCGCGUGAAGGAGUAUGGGUACACGCGGCUACAUAUCCUCAACGGGACCCACAUCCACAUCCAGCAGGUGUCCGACGACCAGGACGGGAAGAUUGUGGAUGACGUCUGGGUGGUGAGACCCCUGCUCGACCGGAUGCUGUACCUCUAGGGACGGAGCAGCUCUCGUCAGGAAUCCCGGGCCUUGCUGUCUUGGCCGGCGUGACCAGACCGUCGCCCAGGCCCGGCUGGGGAGUCAAGGCGGGCCUCGACUCCUCUGCCAUCCUGAGGCCCCUCGUCGGUGGAUGCGGCCCCUCGUCGGUGGGCAGCCCUCCCCUCCCAGAGAGGUGGGGCCCCUCUGGCUGUGUCGGAAGGCAGGUGCGGACACAGACACAGGAGGACACCGGCGGGUGGCACAGCCCCGCCUUCCUG